UCUUCUUCUCAUUUUCAUCAUUUGCAGUUAACCUAAAACCCUUUACGUAAGUGGGAAGUUUUUGAGGCUUUAGGGCCGUUCUAGUGGUGUAGGGAGCAUGCAACUGUCCUCGUUGAUGCGCCGAGUGUUGCUGUACAGAGGCACCUUCCAUUCGGCUCAGAAAGGCAUCAUGACCACCCCGCGCAAGAUGCAAGAGGUGCUCGAGGAGCUGCAGGGCAACCCCUACUACGGCAAGUACGCCGACAAGAUCGCCAAGGUGCAGCAAGUGGCGCCCGAAACGUUCCAGAGCCGCGUCGAGGGGCUGGCCAAGAAGAAAAUCGAGCCGGUAAAGGGGCGUCAGUUCUCGCAGCUGCUGCAGCCCAAGGAGAAGCUGCCGGAGCCCCUGCAGGCCAACGAGCCGCGCCUGGACGAGCUGCUGAAGCUGGAGCUGGUCCAGGACAAGUCGGCCGAUGAAAUCGAGGCCAUUUGGCAGCAGUAUCACCUAGCCAAGGACUGUACGAUAACGGCAGUGAUUCCGUCCAAGGAUUUUGAAGUUAUGGAGCAGAGGGCGGCCCAGUUUCCGACGUUUUUGUUCCCGCUGCCUCGGUCGCAGGGUUACGAGUUUAUCAUGUGCCAGUUUGAGGGCAACCGCGUCCAUCUCACGCCUCUGCUUUACUUCCAAGUGCACAAGGAGAAUGCGCCUGAGUGCCUCACCAUCACGCACUUCAAGGAGCUCCAGCAGAAGAAGGGCAUCGUGCUCAUGAGGGGCGAAUACGACGGCAACGUGCUCAACGCUAAAGAGGCCCAAUGCAUCGCCAACCAGCUUCAGAUGUACUACGUGCAGGCGGACGAGCGCAAGCUGGAGCUCCUGGAGCGGUUCACCAGAACCCCCGAUAGAUUCGACCAUAUGGAUUUGGUCGAGGAGAUCAGCAGUCUGUCUCUGGGUUAAUUGCAUUAUUUUAUUUUUGUGUAUAUGUAUAUGUAUUUAAUUAAAACUAAGAAAAAGUUUCAAGUCAA